AUGCCCCAGACCCGCCUUCAGUUCCAAAUUGGUGUCUCUGCCUCGGAGAUUGCCAUAGCCUGGACAAUCCUACUCAAAGACUAUGUAGGAUCUUCAAAUGUGCUUUUCUACGUCACGGAUUCCACACUCCUUUUCUUGCCAUCAAAAAGAACCAAGAGCAUUACCCUCGAAAUAGACGAACGUGAAACGUUAAAUCAACUCUCUAAGAAGCUAGAAGAACAGACUUUACCUGGGUCUGAUGAUAUUGGAAACAGCCAAUCAUCACCCUUUCAGACGCAUUUAUACAUCUCAGAUGUAGAGGCCAUAUCUGCGGCGAACGACCAGACGAAUUUUAUAGAACUUACGGAAUCGAUUGAAACCACCGAUAUAUUACCAUCUAAUUUAAAGGUCGAUUUUACGUUAAAGUGCCUGAUUCUGGAGGACGGCCAGGGCAUCAAUGUCUCGGCUGUACCGAGCUCUCCAGCAUGCAGCAGCACUCAAGCGCUGCGCAUCUUGCAGCAAUUGGAGCACGUAAUACACCAAAUACAUCAACCAGAACAACAAAGAAAUAAGUUGGUGUAUGAAAUAAACACAGCGAGCGACUCAGACCUACGCGAUGUUUGGACAUGGAAUUCCACGGAGCCAGUUGGGGAGGAGAACACAGCCCUUGAGGUCUUCACAAACAUUGUGAAGCAUUAUCCUAGUUCUCCUGCAAUUAAUGCAUGGGAUGGUGAGUUAAGUUACAAAGAGCUAGAUGAGUUAUCGACUAUUUUCUCCUCUCAUUUGACUCAUGCUGGUAUUGGGUCUGGCAAUAUCGUACCAUUAUGCUUUGAAAAAUCCGUGUGGACGCCAGUAGCCAUCUGGUCGGUGAUAAAGACAGGAGCCGCUUUUGUCUUACUGGAUGAGAACCUGCCAGAGGACAGGCUGCGUCAGGUCGCCCAGAUUAUUGGCCCUAACGGCUUUCUAGCACUGGCUUCGAGUUCACAAAAGCAUCGAGCAAAGCUCAUUACUUCUCAGGUUAUCGUUGUGGACUCUGAGUACCUUGAAUCUGUCGAUAUUCCGUCUAAAAGGAAAGUGGAUCCGCGUAUCCAGUCUUCGGAUUUGAUAUAUAUUGUCUUCACUUCCGGUUCGACUGGUGUUCCGAAGGCGGCGAUGCUUUCACAUAAUAACAUAUGUGUAUUCUCUUCAUCAAUUGGAGUUCUAAGCAAUGUGGCGCACGAGUCGAGAAUUCUGGCACUAGCUUCAUAUGCUUACGAUGUCUCACUAGGAAACAUAUUUCUCAGUCUCCUGAAUGGAGCAUGUUUGUGUAUUCCUUCAUCGUGGGAAUGUAAGAAUGAUGUAGGGCGAGUGGUCCAGAAUUAUAGAAUCACGCAUGCUAUGAUGACUCCAUCAGUUUCCAAGAUGCUACAUGCUUCUGAUUCGCGAACGUUAGAAGUGCUGGAUCUUUGCGGUGAGCCAUGCAGUGAAGACGCCUUGGAAAAAUGGCGAGGGACUCGCACACGCGUCAUGAAUACAUAUGGGCCAGCAGAGUGCACUGUCACAACAGUUGCGAACCCUAAUGUAUUACUCUCAUCUAAACCGACUGUAAUCGGAAAGGGUGUAGGUGUCUGUUGGGUUAUGGAUCCAAUUGAUCGCGAUCGAUUGACGCCUAUUGGUGCUGUAGGAGAGUUAGUCCUGGAAGGGCCUAUGGUUGGAUUAGGAUACCUUCAUGACGAGAAAACCACAAGGUCAAAAUUUUUGAAUAACCCCGAAUGGUUACAGAACGGACAUCUCGGGGUGACAACGGGCCGUAGAGGGCGGCUUUAUAGGACUGGCGAUCUCGUCCGGUAUACUGAUGAUGGUUUGAUUGAUUAUGUGGGACGACGUGAUAUGCAAGUAAAAAUUCGUGGACAGAGAGUCGAGCUGGGGGAGGUUUCGGCCCAUCUACAACAACAUAUGCCAUCGUCGAUAGAGUGGUGUCCCGAAGUUGUCAGGCUAGAGGGCGGGGCUGAAUUAUUAGUUGUUUUCCUUGCCAUCCCGGAUGUCGCUUUUGCAAACAGGUUGGAAAACGACAAAGUCGAUGACCUGAGAGUAAUUAUUGAUCAAGUCAGCUUCGAACUGAGGAGGAAAUUGCCUCCAGCCUUGGUUCCGGGGGCAUACACCCGCAUAGACCAGAUUCCGCUUGCUUUAACAGGAAAGAUCGAUCACCGCAAACUGAAGCAAAUUGCCCUUUCGUUAACGACCGAUCGUUUGAUAUUCCCACAGACGAAGCCGAUGGAUGCUUGUUUGAAUAGCAAGCGGCAGACUGGCAAUUCGAGGCCAACUACCGAUGGCAAUCGUCAUACGAACGGAUCUAGCAUAAAACGUCAAAAUGGGAACGAUAAUAAUGGGAUAAGCAAGGAUCUCAAGUUCAAAUUACUGAAGCAAAUUUGGAGCGAUAUACUGCACGUUGAAAUAGAGUCCAUUCAUCCCACAGACUCAUUCUUCGCCCAUGGAGGGGAAUCACUGGCUGCUAUUAGAUUCGUCAGUGCCGCAACAAGAAAUGGUAUUCAGCUGGAUGUAUCGACUAUAUUCAGACACCCACAGUUCGAAGAUUUAGCUUCAAAUAGCAAGUUGUCUCACACUUCACUUCCAAAACCGCCUGUGCGUUUUGCCCUAAUAAGAGAAGAAAAAGUCGUGGAUGAGAUUGCUUUGUCGUGCGGAAUAAGCACCGAUAAUAUCGAAGAUGUGUAUCCGUGUACGCCUCUACAAGAAGGUUUGAUCACUGCUGAAAGCUCUAAAUCAGCAUCCUAUGUGGGUCGAGGACGGUUUGCGCUGCCGCAACACACCAAUCUAACACUAUUUGCACGAGCAUGGCAGCGUGUUGCAGAGACUCAUCCAAUCCUACGGACACGUAUUGUUGAUACGGACUCGCAUGGCCUUCUUCAAGUGGUCUUGCGAGAUGGCAGCCUAUUCGCAGGAAUUCAAACUGGAAAUUUGGCCAGCUACCUGAAAGGCGAUAUGCGGCGAAAGAUGGGCCUCAACACUGAGCUAUGCCGUUGGGGUAUUGUGCGAGAACGCCAAAUAGCAUAUUUCGUGCUCACUAUGCACCACUCUAUAUACGAUGGAUGGACUCUUCCACGUAUUGUGUCUGAUGCUUUCAGGGCGUAUCAAGGAAUUCGGAUAGAGCCAAGCAUAGGAUUCAAUGUGUUCAUAGAUCAUAUUAGAUCGUUGCCGUUGAAGCCGACAGAAGACUUCUGGGCACGCCAGCUGAAAGAUCCGGAAAGAACAUCGGUAUUUCCAGCCUUACCGCCUGGAAUUCGAGAGCCUCUGGCCGAUAGGACUGUGUCAAAGACUUUUGCCACACCCUCUAAUGCUAAUAAAGGCAUAUCAAUUCCAUCUUUGUUGAGAGCUGCCUGGGCAUUACUUGUAUCCAGAAUUUUAGGAGUUGACGAUGUGACGUUUGGAGCUACCGUCUCAGGUCGAAAUGUUGCAAUAAACGGUAUCGAGGACCUUCUGAGUCCUACCAUUUCAACCAUUCCUGUCAGAGUCAGAAUUGACGAAAGCACCAACGUCGAAAAUUUCAUUGCCGGUGUUCAAAACGACGCUUUGGAAGCCAUGCCGUUUGAGAACUUUGGGUUACAAAACAUCCGGAAGGUCAAUGAGGACACACGACAAGGAAGCAAGUUUCAAACGCUAUUCAUUGUUCACCCUCCGGAUGCGUCAAACUUGGAAUCACUGUCUACUUCAAGUCCCGUUGAACAAGAAUUGAAAACAAUGCUGGAGAAACUAGAUAUCAGCGAUACGUUAUCGAGCUUUAAUGAGUACAGCUUGAUGGUGCUCAUCACACAAGCAAAAGGUCACCUUCGAGUGGAGGCUAAUUAUGACUCUAGAGUUCUAGGUACUAAUCAAAUAACCCUCCUCCUCGAACAAUUCGCACACGUGGCCGUUCAAAUUGGCAGUCGGAAUAAUAUGAGGCUCAGCUUACGUGAAAUACCAAUCGCAAGUGAGAUUGACAUAGAAAAGAUCUGGCAAUGGAAUGCGACACCAUUCUCGCCAACAUCCGAGUGCAUCCAGGACGUUGUCCGUAGGACAUCUCAGCUUCGACCACAGGCCGAAGCUAUUGUUGCUUGGGAUGGAACUGCUAGCUUUGAUGAUGUCGAUAAACUGUCCUUGCGUUUGAGCCACAUCUUGAGGGCUAAAGGAGUAAGACGUGGAAGUUUAGUUCCGAUUUGUAUGGAAAAGUCAAUGUGGGCAACUAUAGCUAUGCUUGGAAUUCUGAAAUCCGGAGCAGGAUUCGUUCCGAUGGAUGUCAGACAUCAGCCGAAGCAGCGUUUAUUGUCAAUUGUGGAACAAGCCGGGGCUACUUGCAUUGUUACUGCGGGACCAGCUACGGCCCUGGCAUCGGAAUUAUGCAAAGAAGUCAUUGCCUGCGAUCAGCUUCUCAAUAGUGCUAGUUACGAUGCAGAUGGCCUCUUUGUGGAUAGUGAGCAGUCAUCACCUCUAGACACUGCUUUCAUAGUAUUCACCUCGGGAAGUACUGGUGUUCCUAAGGGGAUUGUGAUUACACAUGAGAAUUUCUGCUCAACAAUUCGGCAUCAUAGCCGAGAAUUAAAGUUGUCAAAUAACUCGCGAAUAUAUGAUUACGCUUCAUAUAGCUUUGAUAUUGCCGUUCACAACUCUCUUAUGGCUCUCUGCCUAGGUGGAUGCUUGUGCAUACCUAGCGAAGAUGACCGGGAGAAUGACAUUGAAGGUUCAUUUGAGCGACUUAAAGCAAACUGGGCUGACCUUACUCCAUCGGUUGUACGUCUCAUUGAUCCAUCUGCAGUACCAGGCCUCAAGACACUUGUUCUUAGUGGCGAGGCGGUUGGGAAGGAUAUAGUUCGGCUUUGGGCCACGAAGGUUGAUUUGAUUAAUGCUUACGGUCCCGCCGAAUGCCAAAUCUGUACAGUGCAAGGGAAUGUGAAGACCCCCGAACAAACCCCAGCUAUUGGUCGCGCAGUGGGUUGUCAUGCUUGGAUUGUUGAACCUCAAAGUAAUAAUCUGUCAGCGAUCGGGGCUAUAGGUGAACUAGUAAUUGAAGGGCCCAUCGUCAGUCCAGGAUACUUGAAUGCAUCAAACACUUCCUUCAUUCGCGACCCACCUUGGCUAGUCGCAGGGUCGAAGGCAGUUCCUGGACGACGUGGUCUUUUGUAUCGAACCGGUGACCUUGUUCAGUAUCAAAUUGAUGGAACAAUAUUAUAUGUGGGAAGGGCAGCGACGCAAGUUAAGAUCAAUGGUCAACGCGUAGAGCUGAACGAAGUUGAGUUCCAUGUGAAACAAGCUGUCCCCACGUUAAGCGAAGUCGUUGCGGAAGUGAUAGACUUUGGUGGAACGAACACUCUCACUGCAUUCAUGGUUGACUCCAACAAUUCGCAGACUGGUAAGAGACUACGGGGUCUGCACAAUGAUGAUAGCCCAACCAUUGACUUGGCAUCUCCGCCAACCGAGCUACAAUCAAGGCUCAAAACUGUCCUUCCGCCAUACAUGGUUCCCACAGUAUAUCUGAAUACGUCUCACAUUCCUCUUACCCCGACACGAAAGAUAGACCGUCAGAAGUUAAAGCGCUAUGCUUCUCAUAUUGCGAAGGAUGGCUUACUCCAAUGGACUCAAAAAGAGCAAGUCGACACAUUAACGAUAUUCAAUCAACGACAGCUAACUAUGGCCACUAUUUGGUCACGGGUGCUCAAAGUUGAGACGUCUAAAAUAGGCCUUCACAGCGACUUCUUUCGGCUCGGUGGCGAUUCUAUUUCUGCAAUGCGUCUCGUAAAAUAUGCCCGCAAGGAACGAUUGGUAUUGACUGUUGCAGAUAUAUUUUUACAUUCACAGUUUGACCAGCUGUCUAAUAUUGCACAUGAGAUCGUUGACAUCAACGAUGAUUUGGAGGACUCCGCCGACAGAAUACAACCAUUUGAUCUUAUUCCAGUUUCAGGUAGAGAUGUGCUUCUUUCAUCUGCAGCUACCAUUUGCAGAGUACCCCAAGACGCGAUCAUCGACAUAUAUCCCUGCACUCCUUUCCAAGAAGCCGUCUUUGCCUUGACAGCAAGGAAUUCAUCCGCAUACGUUCAGCACACCCAGCUUCGGUUUAGCGACAACCUCAGUCUAGAUCGCGUGUUGGGUGCCUGGAAUAAGGUUAUUGAGGCUAACGCUAUUUUGCGAACCCGAUUAAUCCAGUCCGAGGAAGCCAAGCUCCUGCAGGUUGUCAUCCAUCAUGAAAGAAAUAUAUGGAAUUGGUACAACACAAGUCAAGAGUACUUGGAUGAGGCAGCAAAGACUCCUAUGGGAUUAGGUCAUUCUCUCUUCCGUUUUGGCAUCGUUCGCAAUGGAUCAGCGUCCGCAGCUGGGUAUAAUCUCAUUUGGACGAUGCAUCACGCUAUCUACGAUGCCUGGUCCAUGGACCUUAUACUCCGACAGGUAUCUAAAUAUUAUUAUUCUCAAGAAUUACCAUCAGCCAAUCCAGACUAUAACAUCUUUGUCGAUUUCCUUCGACGGCAAGAGAGCAAGAGUGUGCACUGGUGGCAAUCGUAUCUUUCUGGGGCAGCGAAUGCCUCAAUAUACCCGAAAACACCAAUGUCUAUUCGAGAGAAAUUAUCAGAUAGCCUAACCCGCAAAGAAUUCGCAUUGCCUCCGUUAUUGCCUCCAGGGUACUCGCCUGCCGUACUCUUGCGCGCUGCUUGGGCUAUUUUAAUGGCCCGUCAUACAGGUGGCGAAUACGUGGUAUUCGGUGAAACUCGUCUUGGUCGAAAUGUACCCGUUAAAGGCGUAGAGAGGAUGCCAGGUCCAACCAUUGCGUCGGCUCCUAUUCUGGUCCAAGUUGAUCGCGAGAACACAAUCGAAUCGCUGCUCCAGAGAGUGAGAAAUGAGGGAAUACAAAUGCAAGAGUUUGAGCAUCUCGGAUUGCAAAAUAUUUCUCGAGUUAGUGAAGAUGCCCGCGCAGCUUGUAAUUUCCAGACUCUCCUCGUUUUUCUGGAGGCGGAAGACCGAGUGGACGGUGACUCAAUAUUUGAAAUUGAUGAGACGAUCGACGACAUCCGAAAUUUUAAUAGCAAUUACCUCCUCAUAUAUUUCAGUCUAACGAGGAAAAGCUUAAUUACUCAAGCCGUCUUCAGAGAGCCUGCGAUCUCUGGCGGACAAGUUGACUUACUUCUGCAACAACUUCAGUCUAUCUUUUCCAGGUUAUGUUCUUUACCCAAGAAUACUUUGAUCAAACAGCUUGAUGUGGCAAGUGAGCAUGAUUUAGCUCAAAUCUGGGACUGGAAUGCAAUUCCAGCUGAAACAGUCGAUGAAUACAUUCACGAGUUGAUUGCUAAAAAUGCACUAAAGAACCCCGACAGACUCGCUGUCCUCGCUCACGAUGGCGAAUUGACAUACAAGGAACUCGAUGACUACUCAACAAACCUUGCAGCACAGUUAAUUGCAAAGGGUAUUGGCUUGAAUUGUUUUGUACCUCUAUGUUUCGAAAAGUCAGUUUUGGUUCCCAUCGCCAUGCUGGCGGUAAUAAAGACAGGAGCAGCUUUUAGCGUUAUGGAUGUCUCGUAUCCUGAGAGCAGACUCAAAAUUAUCACGGAAGCUCUCGUAUCAACGUUGGUGAUGACAAGUCCGUCUCAAUUGAACCUAGCGAAACGCCUUUCCGAUGAAGUGUUUAUUGUGGACACAAUUAGUUAUACGGAUACCACCGAGUUACAUAGAUACCAGGUUAUUGAAAGUUCUCCCCGGAAUACUGACCGUAUCAUGUACGUUUGUUUCACUUCGGGAAGUACGGGGGUUCCCAAAGGUGUGAAAGUUUCACACCGAAACCUUUCCUCUGCUGCUGUCGCUCAGACCCGUGAGCUCGACUUUGUUCCUGAUGAUAGGGUGUAUGACUUUUCAUCCCACGCUUUUGAUGCGAACAUCUGGCAUUUCUAUCUUGGUUUUGUUGUCGGCGCCUGUGUUUGCAUCCCGUCUCAUGAAGAUCGCAUGGGUAACCUCGCCGGAAGUAUUACGUCUUUUAAAAGUACUGCACUAUUCCUCACGCCUUCCGUGGCCCGUACGAUAAAUCCACAAGAGGUUCCUACUGUGAAGAGACUGUACCUCGGUGGAGAGGCAGUUACUCCUUUAGAUGUGUCAAUGUGGAAGGACUCCGUCGAACUCUGGGGGGCAUAUGGGCCUACUGAAACCACACCAUUAUGUAUAUUCACUCGCCUCUUUGCCCCCGAGUCAGCAUCCAAUAUUGGAAGGGGUGUUGGCGUAAGAUCUUGGGUUUGCGACCCGAAUAAUCAUGAACAGUUGGUAGCCGUUGGAGCCAUAGGGGAGAUGGUAAACGAGGGUCCUUUAGUCACACAAGGCUAUCAUAACCAACCUGAAAAGACAGCUGCUGUAUUCAUUGAAAGUCCCAACUUUCUUCAACAGGGGUUCCAAGACAAACAUGGACGCCAUGGUAGACUUUACAAGACUGGUGAUCUAGUCCGAUAUUGCUUUGAUGGCACGAUCCAGUACCUUGGGCGUGCUGACACACAAGUUAAGUUACGUGGCCAAAGAGUCGAAUACGGUGAAAUCGAAUACCAUCUCAAGCGCGCACUACCGGAAUCGUCUUCAAUUUGCGAAGUGAUCCUUCAUCCUUCUUCUGGUCGCCCAAUGCUCGUGGCUUUCUGCUCCUUGUCUUCGUCAUCGUUGAGUUUAGAUAGGGCUGGGGCCCGAGCGUAUCUGAGCAAGAGGCUUCCACCUUACAUGAUACCAGAAUUCUUUCUGAGAAUGACUGAGAUUCCCAAAAAUCCAUCGGGCAAGGUUGACCGCCUCAAGCUGAGGGCGGUAGGGCCGGAAAUACUAAGCACUACCAAUACACUAGAGGGAGAGACUGAUGUGGAGCGCGUAUAUGGACCUCAUACAGAAAUGGAAACAUUACUUGGAACACUGUGGUCAACUGCCCUCGGACAUAAUAUCACACCAAUCUACUCAGAUACAGACUUUGUCGACGUCGGAGGAGACUCUAUCGCCGCUAUGAAACUAUCAAAUCUCGCUCGUAAGCAUGACCUGAGCUUAACGGUAAAAGACAUCAUUCAGUACCCUACAUUGUCAUCAAUGGCGCUCCAUAUUCGCUCUAUUCAAAUAUUAUCAAAUUCUCCUAAACCCUUUUCCCUUCUAGACACCUCUGACAUCGGUCAAAUCUUGGCUAAUGCUUCCGUGAUAUGCAAUGUUCCUCCUGAAGCUUACAUAAAACGGUCUGUGUUCGAAGUUCCAAGCUAUAUUAAUCUUGAAAAGUUAGUUCAAGCCUGGGAUACGGUCUAUCAGUACAACACAAUUCUGCGUACUCGAUUUGUCGAGGUACAAGGCUUCGGACUGUUACAGGUGGUUGUCAGCGGGCAUCAUCGUAGGAAAUAUGGCAGUCUUGAGUCGUGUAUCAAGGCUUUUAGUGAACACAAUCCAGAUCUCGGAAACCCCUUGUCUCAUUUGUCCAUCAUCGAGGAUAAGACAGCCCCGAAGAUCGUUUGGACAGUCCACCAUGCUCUCUACGAUGAAUGGUCAACCUUAAUUAUUGAGGAACAACUUCGUCGAGCAUACCAAGGUCGAGCCGUUACCCGUCCGCCGGAUUUCAGUGGAUAUGUGCGACACAUUCUAUCACAAAACCAAAACGAAGCAAAGUCUUUCUGGAAAAGCCAACUUUCUGGAUGUAUUUCUACCACAACAUAUCCAAUUUUACCGUCAACUAGCUACUCAGUGCGACCCUCGAAAACAUUCAAUCGUAGGAUACACCCUGACGUUGGGUCUUUUGCAAAAUUACAGGCAAGAAUACAUGCUGCAUGGGCAUUGAUAGUAUCUAAACUGACAGGAUCUGAUGAUGUUGUAUUUGCUGCUACUUUAGCUGGGCGCAAUGCUUCAGUUGAAGGUAUUGAGCAAAUGGUUGGUCCAACGAUCACCCCAGUGCCGAUCCGUAUUCAGCUGGAGCGUGACCAAUGCCAAGUACAAGAUCUAUUAUCUGCCAUUGAGAACAAUACCGCCAAGAUGGCGGCAUACCAACACAUCGGAUUGAAGAAUAUUGAGCUUAUCAAUGACGACACCCGGGCUGCAUGCAAAUUUCAGACACUCAUUGUCAUAACGCCGGCCCCAGAAUCCGGUGUAUCCGAACUAGAUUCAAUAAAGACUUCGACAUAUGAGACCCAUAGCAAGGAAGGAGAGGCAUUUCAUACAUUUGCGCUGGUGCUUUUCUUCUUCCCUACCAAGGAUGGUCUUGACCUUCAAGUAGUUUUCGAUCCAACUAUCCUCGACGAGCGUGAGGUUGAGCGUCUCGCGGGACGACUUGAGAGUACCAUUUCUUCUCUAAGCAACAAUACCUUCGUUUCCGAUAUUGAAUGCUUGGGUAAAGAGGAUUUAAAUGCCAUAUGGGGUUGGAAUAAUAAGAUACCCUCGUCUAACGAGCAAGUUCUUCAUGAACUAAUCCUUGAAAGUGCAAGUAAACGCCCAGAUAAAGUGGCCGUCGACGCAUGGGAUUGCAAGCUAUCUUAUUCUCAACUCGACAAUUUAUCCAGAAAUCUUGCAUCUCAUUUGAGUAAGUACGGUGUUGGACGGCACUCAGUUAUUCCUAUCCUCUCACCGAAAUCCGGCUAUAUUCCUGUUGCAGUACUGGCUAUUCUACGAAGUGGUGCUGCUUUCCUGCCUCUAGAUAGCACCCAGCCGCUCAAUCGACUAAAGACAGUCGUCAAUCAAGUGAAGCCAGAUGUCAUUCUCGCUGCCACAUCAACAAUAGACGCUGCAACCAGCCUUGGUGCUAAGGUCGUUCCUAUCGAAACAUGCCGCAACGCCGUUGUCAAUGGUACAAAUACUGCAGAGCAGGAAGCCGAAUCCCACCUAGAUGAUGUUGCUUGUAUUUUAUUUACAUCCGGCAGUACAGGUAUUCCUAAGGGCGUCAUGCAGACACACCGGGCCUUAUCAUCAUCAGUAAUACAUCAAGCAGCUCAAUCAGGCUUCACAGACACAACAAGGGCCUUUGAGUUUGCCUCUUAUACCUUCGAUGUCAGUUGGAAUAUGAUUUUCAAAAUCCUUGCAGUUGGUGGCACUCUCUGCGUUCCAAGUGAAGAAGAUAGACAGAAUGACCUCUCUGGGGCACUGAGUAGGUCGGGUGCUACUCUCACCGAACUCACAGCUUCAGUCGCCCGCCUCCUUAACCCCGAUGCGCUCUCUCAUCUCGAAACACUUAUCCUGUCCGGUGAACCUGUCGACAUACGAGAGUUCGAGCACUGGAAACCAAAGGUACGCGUGAUUGUCUGUUAUGGGCCUUCAGAAUGUACAUCGGUCUCGACCAUAAACCCAGGUCUCCAGGAUCAAUCUAGCGAGGAUGGAAUUGGAAGAGCGUCUGGCUGCGCAAUAUGGAUAGUUGACCCUAAAAAUUAUCGCCAUUUAAUGCCAGUCGGAGCGGUUGGUGAGAUCCUUAUUCAAGGACCGAUUGUAGGGAAGGGCUACUACAACAACGAAACAUUAACCCGAGCAUCUUAUAUCUCUGACCUUCCAUGGCUAAACUCGACUAAUGAAGGAAAAGCUAUUUUCUCCAAACAUGCAUUUUUAUCUGGAGAUCUCGCGCGGUAUGACGAAAACGGAAACCUGCAUUUUGUUUCGCGUAAGGAUUUACAAGUCAAGCUUCACGGUCAAAGAAUUGAACUGGAAGAAGUCCAGCAUCAUGUACGCAAGGUGAUAGGUGACGUUGUCGGGCCCGUCAUUGCUUGUAUUCUUGGCGACUCAGGGCCAGGUAGCGAGCAGAAGCUAGCUGCUUUCCUCACGGAAAAGCAUACAGAGAGGAAAGAUGUAUGUGAUUUGGCGGUCCCAGAAUCAGCAGCUGUCACUGCAUUACAAAUAAUAGAUGAAAAACUUGGGGCUCUCCUACCGAAGUAUAUGGUGCCAUCCGCCUAUUACUUUGUAACGACCGUUCCUCUUACCAACAACGGCAAGAUUAACCGGAAAAGGCUUGCUGAGCUUGCAUCGAUAGCCCAGCCAGACCAGAUUUAUAGAGGUAGAACUUCUCAAGAGGCGGCCAGGCGAAAACCCUCUACUGUGAGUGAGGCAAAGAUGCAACAAUUGUGGUCAGUCGCACUAGCACUGCCAACUGAAGUGAUUGGGGCAGACGACAACUUCUUUAACCUCAAUGGUGACUCGAUAUCCGCCAUGAGGCUGGUUGCUGGGGCUCGAAGUGAGGGGUUUGACCUACGAGUAUCCGAUGUCUUUGCGAAUCCUCGACUUUCUGACCUGGCGCCGAGGUUGCUGUCAAAAGCAAAACAACAGCAAGUCGCUCCUUCUCAAAUUGGUCCUUUUGAGCUACUGGGUAAGUCAAUUGAUAUUCCAGCUAUUCGUUCAGAAGCUGCUAGAAGAUGCGGCAUAUCAAAUAUAGAUGCAGUUGAAGAUGUCUAUCCUUGUACGCCUCUUCAAGAGACCAUGUUGGCAGCUACUAUUAAAGAUCCAAGUGCAUUUAUAAGUAUGAGGGUAUACAGAAUUUCUCAGGACAUUGAUUUGAACAAACUACGAAAUGCUUGGGCAACUGUGGUAGCGCGCCACCGUAUUCUGCGCACUCGGCUGGUUGACCUCGAUACUCAUGGCCUCAAUCAGAUAGUCGUUCAAGACGCCCCUCUUUCAUGGGAUCAUUAUGACAGCAUGAAAUCGUUCCUAAAGGGCACUCGUGAUGUGAAUAUGGGACCAACAUUACCACUAACAAGAUGGGCUCUCAUCAAUAGCAACCCCAAUCAUCAACUGGUUUGGACAAUUCAUCACGCUAUGUACGAUGGUUGGACGCUGCCAAUAAUUGAGAAUGAGGUUAGAGAGGCAUAUUUCCAACGAGCUUUAGAAAAACCAUACCUUGACAUGCGGCCACUCGUGAACUAUAUUCGCAAGGAACAAAAAAAUGCUUCUGUUUCUUUCUGGGGUCGAGAGCUAACAGAUGCGGGUGAAAGCACUGUAUUCCCCUCUCUGCGCUACCACAACUACGAGCCGAGACCUGCAACAUACCUGGAGAAAACAAUAUCGGCAGAUAUAAGUACUAGUCAUGGGAUCAGUCUCUCUGCACUGCUAUACGGUAGCUGGUCUAUUGUAGUAUCUCAUGCCACGGGAAACAGUAAAGUGUCCCUAGGUGCAAUCCUUACAGGACGUAACGCGCCGAUUGACGGGAUCGACAGAGUCAUCGGUCCAGCUGUUACGACUGUACCUAUUUUUAUUGAUGCAGACUCCGGACUCACUGUGCAGGACUUCAUGACUAGACUACACGACACGACAGUUCGAAGAAUACCUCAUGAGCAUCUGGGGAUUCACGCAAUACGUCGCAUCAAUUCCACAUGUGAAGCUGCGUGCAAUUUUCAAACAGUGCUGGUUAUUCAACCUCCUCGCGGAUCAGCCCGUUCUAAAGUCAAAGAUAUAGACCAGGUCUUGGAAGAGAUCGACGAAACCAAGAUAGAAGGCUUCCCAGAUCAACACUCGGUAUUAAAUCAAUAUGGCCUGAUGAUGGAGAUUUUACCAAUUGACAAGAAAAUGACAAUUCGGGCUAGCUUUGAUUCAAAACUUAUCUCAGGGGCCGAAAUGGAUCGCAUGUGCUCUCGGUGGGAGCAGGUUAUCCAGGAGAUUUUGCAAAUAUUAAAUCAAGGGCUUCCUGCGACUAUUGGCACUCUAAACUCCAUAUCCAGGCAGGAAAUCGAUGCGAUCUGGGGAUGGAAUAAGAAUGAACCGGAAGCUGUCACUGAUCAACUCGUUCUACAAACGAUAUCCGAAAUUGCCACUCAAACCCCUGAGACGCUCGCAAUUGAUGCUUGGGACGGACGGCUAACCUAUCGUGAGCUCGAAGAACUCUCUUCAAGACUUGCGAAUUAUCUUGUGUCAUUGGGCGUACGUCCCGGUCAGUUCGUGCCCCUAAUCUUCCCUAAGUCAAUGUGGGCCAAUGUUUCUAUGCUUGGUGUUUUAAAGACUGGUGCUGCAUUUGUUCCGCUCGACGCAGAUCACCCUGAAGGACAUCUAAGAGCUAUCAUGCAACCGUUGACUACGGAUUUCAUUUUGUGUGCUGCGCAAACUAGAGAUCGUGCUUCUCGCCUAGCACGCAAUGCGAUAAUGGUUGAUGCGACACUUGUCAGUGGAGAAGCCACCAAACAAUACAUUGGCAUUACAUCAUGUUUUUCAUUGCCAUCAGCAAAUGAUCUAGCAUACGCUGUGUUUACCUCCGGGAGUACUGGCGCUGCAAAAGGGGUCAAGAUUACGCAUAAAAAUCUGGCUACAGCAAUUCAGUACCAAGCUGGGCCUCAAGGCUAUCAAAUAAAUCCCAGCACAAGAUCCCUCGACAGCUCAUCAUAUUCGUUCGAUGCUUGCGUUUGCAAUUUUUUCUACACUAUAACGCAAGGUGGCUGUCUAUGUAUUCCCAGCGAGGAGUCCCUAAAGGGUGACAUUGCGUCCUUUAUUCGUGACUACCAGAUCAACUGGGCGCAGCUUGUCCCGUCAGUCGCAAGAACAAUCCACCCAGAUAGUUUGCCAGACUUGAAGACCCUUGUCCUAACUGGAGAGCCCCUGACAAAAGGCGACAUAGAAAAAUGGCACCACCGCAUCCGUCUUGUCAACGCGUACGGUCCGACAGAAUGCACGAUCCUCUGUGCAAUCUCUUCACAAAUCACAGACCCCAGCGAGCUAGGAUCUAUAGGCCGAGGCCGUGGAGCAAACUUGUGGUUGACGGAGAUAGGGAACCCUAAUAAGUUAGCGCCAAUCGGUGCCCCUGGAGAAAUUCUCAUUGAAGGUCCUAUUAUCGGGGCUGGAUACCUAGGACCUUAUAAAUACCCUCUUGUGGAGAAUCCAUCAUGGCUCCUCGCUGGCACAGAGAGCUUUCCGGGUAGACAAGGAAUACUUUUCAGGACCGGUGAUAAAGCGCGAUAUGCGGAAGACGGCACGCUUGUGUUUAUUGGUAGAAUCGGAUCUGAGAUUAAAUUACGCGGUCAAAGGGUGGACUUGACUGCAGUUGAGGACGCCAUUCGACGACGUAUUCCUUCCGGCCUGGAGAUCGCGGCCGAAAUCGUUCAUGUUAACUUAGGAGAAAAGAGCCAAGAGAGGCAGAUGCUGCUGACUUUUGUUAGUACAGCACAUGGGAGCUUGGCAGACUGUCACCAAAAGCUCGAAGAAAAUCUACGGGCUCUUGUCCCUGACCUUAAAUCGGGGCUUGACGCUGUUCUGCCAACAUACAUGCAGCCCGAGGCCUUCUUUCCGAUCCCAGCCAUCCUCAAAACAAGCUCUGGAAAGACAGAUCGUCGCCGCUUAAAGGAAUUCGGAAAAACACUUCGCUUACAGCAGCUAAUCUGGAUAAGUGGUGAAAUGGCGAAUACAUCCUCAACCCCUCCCUGUACUGAAGAAGAGCGAACUUUAGCCGCUCUUUGGGCUGAGCUUCUUGGGGUCCAAUAUCAAUCCAUUUUUCGCGAAGAUGACUUUUUCAAAUUGGGCGGCGACUCCCUUGGUGUAAUGCGAUUGACUACAAAGGCCCACGAACGCGGGCUCGGGUUAAAAGCUGCGGAAGUGUUCAAAACCCCCAAACUUGCCUUGCUCGCUCAAAAGAUAACUACAGUAGUAGACAUCACAAAGGAAGUCACGACUUACAAGCCUUACAGUCUUCUCACUGGUGACAUAGAUAUCAAAGAAUUUACGAGCACAUACAUAGCGCCGGUACUGAACGUUGACAGUACCGAGAUCGAGGAUAUCCUUCCGGCCAAUGGGUUUCAAGUUGACUACAUGCAUAACGAAGAAGAACCGUUAGGUCUUCAAUACGCUUACCUGGACAUCGGUCCUGAGGUUUCGUGGCCAAAGCUCGUUGAAGCAUGUCGAACUGUGGUGCAGGCAUAUCAGUGUCUUAGAGCCCGUUUUGUAUACCAUCAAGGCAAAUACUACCAGAUCAUUCUACGUGACGCUCCUUUAUUAACAGAGGAAAUUGUCUCCUCGGAAUAUAUCACCCCAUUCUCCAAUCAAUUCUGCCCUCGGGACGGUCGCCAAGCACAAAUCAAUGACAUUUUCACGAAGAUGACACUAGUGAAUACCGAGAAUGGUCAACGUCGCGCGAUUCUCCGUAUGUCGCACAUGCAAAAUGACGGGUGGUGUACUGUGCGAAUUCUCAAAGAAGUUGCUAAUGUAUUCAAUGGCGGUGAGGUCGCUAAAACACCAAAUUGGACGAACCUUUUGCAUUACCGUCGCCAGACAGCGCACAGUUCCCAUCAAUACUGGCAAACGAUAUUAAACGGGAGUUCACAAAUCACACCUCCAUUGUUAUAUAAACCCGGAGGAACCAAAGUCCGGACUCUACGAUCUUACGCACUUCCGUAUUUCCAUACCUCGGAUGAUAACAGGCGUACACGCCCAACAGUUGUGAUCAAUGUGGCCUGGGCACUUGUCCUUCAACAUCUAGCAGGCCAUACGGAUCUCACGUUCGGCAACGUCACAACAGGAAGAAAUGGCGCCAUGCCUAGCCUUGACUCAGUUAUCGGGCCUUGCGUUAACAUGUUACCAUUCAGACUUCGAUUAGACUCUCGGUCUUUGGCUAGUAACAGAAGGCAGUAUCUACGUGAUUUAGUCGAAGUGUCCGCGCAGCAAGUCGACGAUCGCACCUCCCAUGAGGGACUCGACUGGGAGGAAAUGGUGGAUCGUUGCACAGACUGGCCAUCUGGCACACGAUAUACAUCUGCCGUGCAUUUCCGUAAUAUGGCUUUCGAGCCUGAGCUGACCUUCGGAAAUGAGCAUCUUAUGGUCACAUGGUAUGAGCUUGUUGCAACACCACAUUGGACUACCGUGCUGGUAUAUCCAGAAAAUGACGUUCUGCGGCUUUGGCUGCUUGCAAACCCAGUUGAAAUUGGUGACGAUGGCGCCGAUGAGAUUUUACACAUGCUGGCUGGGUAUUGUGAUGAAAUUGUAGCGUCACUCCACGAGUGA